AUGACCGACAUUGACCCCAAGUUUAAGCCUGAAUCCAAGCUGGACCUCGAGCUAUCAGUUUUGAAUCCCCAUCCCGAGAGGGUUCCAGGUCCUCGCCUUCUUCAAGAGCUCGUGCAACGUACGUCGGACAGUGCGCUACCUGCCAUUCAUCACUUGGACAACCAUGGAGAAGAGUUCUUACUGUCGUAUUCACAACUACACCGCGCGGUUGAUAGCCUGGCCAGCCGCAUCUCCCGCUCCCUGGGGAAGGCGUCGACGCUGGAGCAUUUCGUCGUUCCGCUUCUCGUCCCCCAGUGUCCGCAUCUUUAUAUCGCCAUCCUGGCCAUCCUCAAAGCCGGCGGGGCUUUCUGUCCCUUGCAUCUAGACGCGCCUCCCGAGAGAGUGAGAUUCAUCCUCCAAGACGUGUCGGCGAAGAUUGUUGUUGUGAGCCGGGACCUGGUCUCAAAGAUCCCACAGGAUGAGCCAGACAGGAUCAUUUUGAUUGUGGACCAAGAUGACGUCGAGGAGCCAACGUCACCACACUCCGGUCCAGUCCGUGAUUCCAAGCCUCACGAUCUAGCCUAUGUCAUGUACACAUCCGGGUCAACGGGCACACCCAAAGGCGUCGGUGUCUCCCAUGAUGCAGCAGCGCAGAGCCUCCUUGCGCACAACCGGCAUAUCCCCUCGUUCAGGCGCUUCCUCCAGUUCGCCUCACCGACGUUCGACGUGUCCGUGUUCGAGAUAUUCUUCCCUCUUUUCCGCGGGUCUACGCUGGUCACCUGCGAUCGUGGGCGUAUGCUCAACGACUUGCCAGCCGUCAUACGGAUGUUGCAGGUUGACGCCUGCGAGUUGACUCCUACUGUCGCCGGUAGUCUCCUUCGGUCACGGAAGAACGCCCCUUGCCUCAAGUUGCUCCUGACUAUCGGCGAAAUGUUGACGGAGCCCGUCAUCCGCGAGUUUGGCGGCACUGGAGAGUCGGGGAGCAUCUUAUGGGGCAUGUAUGGCCCAACAGAAGCUGCGAUUCAUUGUACACUCCGACCAAGUUAUCCUGGAGACUGCGCAGUUUCAAACAUCGGAUUUCCCCUGGACUCGGUCUCUUGUUUUGUAGCCUCAAUACCCGAAGAGGGGAGUGCGUACGAGUUUAGAAUACUCCCCCUCGGCGAACCCGGCGAGCUCGUUGUCGGAGGGCACCAACUAGCCAGCGGGUAUCUCAAUAGGCCAACACAGACAAACGCAGCAUUCAUCGACACCACCUACGGACGCGUUUACCGUACAGGGGACAAGGCCAUCAUGAACCCAGAUGGGACCCUGGAGUGUCUUGGGAGGAUAUCCGACGGGCAGGUCAAGCUCCGUGGCCAGAGGAUCGAACUAGGCGAAGUCGAGCAGGCAGCAAUGCGAACUGAAGGGUGUCACAGUGCUGUGGCCAUGGUCCUCGGCGGGAUUCUAGUCCUAUUCUGUGCCGUCGACGACGCGUCAACCCCGGAGGACCAGGCGGAAAAAAUCCUCAACACCUGCCGGACUUGGCUCCCGUCUUUCAUGGUGCCGGGCGAUGUGGUUGUCAAGACGAAUUUUCCGAGGCUGCCCUCGGGCAAAGUGGACCGAAAGCAGCUCAGGGGCGAGUACGAGACAGCAACGGAGCCUCAGAAUACGACUCGUACAGAGCCAGCCGACGAAAUAGAGCAGAAGGUGUUGGGGGUUGUGUCCAAGGCUCUGGGGAGCCGCGUUUCGUCGUUAACGCAACUCGCCUCUGCAGGUGUUGAUUCUCUCAAAGCCAUCAGACUUGCCUCGGCGUUACGAGACGAAGGGUUCCAAGUGUCGGCGACGGAUAUUCUCGGAUCCAGGACUUUUCUUGCCUUGUGCACGCGACUCCGAAUGGCCUCAGCAUUCAAGGUCCGCGAAGAAGGUUCUCGGGACCAUGACGUAGAUCCAUCCGAGAUACACCUCGAUCAGGUUUUGGAGUGGCGGGCAGACCUCUUACCAUUGUCGGACGAGAUCGAACGCGUUCACCGGUGCACGCCACUGCAGAGCUCGAUGCUUGCCGAGACAUCUGCGAACCCCCAAGCGUACUGUAACUGGGUCGAGCUCGAGUUCCCUGUUGAUUCCACGAUUCAGGAUAUCGAAAGAUGGACGCACCUUAUGGCAGAGAACAACGAGAUCUUGCGGUCAGGAUUCGUAUCGCUCAGUCUAGGUUUCGCACAAGUCGUGUUCAACCAGCUGCCCCAAACCAUCGUUCACAUCGUAGAUGAGUUCGAUCACGACUUCAGCUUGACAUCCGACGAGGAAUUUUUGCAUCCGUUCAGAGCCCAGAUCUGCAACGGCAAGCUAGGGAGUGGACCGGUGCUCCUGUUAAAAAUCCAUCACGCUCUAUAUGACGGGUGGUCUGUUGACAUGUUGGUCCAUGACUUUUCCCUCUUGUCCACCGGACGACCGCCAGGACCACGACCUCAAUUUCGGGAUGUCGCCAAGUUCUAUGCCGAUCCCGCCGUCAACACCUGUAUGGACGAGGCACGAAGCUUCUGGGCCGAUCACCUGCUUGGUUGGCAACGUCAUAACCUACCUCGUCUCUUGGGACGCCCCGUUGAGACUCCUCAGGCUCAAACUGUCACCAGGAGGCUAGAUAUCCCGCAGAGUGCUCUCGAUGAGGCAACCUCGCGGCUGAACUGCCACCCGCAAGUCUUCUUCCAAGCAGCGCUUCUCUGGCUUUGGGCCGGCUUGCAAGGACAGCAGGAUGUCGUUAUCGGAUCGGUCUCAUCAGGCAGAACGAUUCCCGUCACAGGCGUCGAGCGUGUUCUCGGCCCGUGCAUCACGACAACACCCCUCAGAGUCAACUUGGCCGGCUUCACAGCGCUUUCUGACUUGGUGCGCAGUAUCCAUUCGACAAAUCGCCAAAUACUACAACACGGCAUCUUGCCGCUGUCCGACAUCAAGAAAAUCGCAGGAGUGAAUCCCGGAGACGCACUCUUUGAUGUGCUUUUGGUGUAUCAAGAGUCUCUCUACAGCCAGGAACCGGGCCAAGGCCAAGUGAAAGAGGUUUCACAUAGAGACUUUUUGGAAACCAGUCUUCUCGUUGAGAUCGAGCCGUCUCAAAAGGGGCCGACCUGCCGGCUCACCUACCAUACAAGUGCGAUUUCCGCUGAGCACGUCUCGAUUCUGGCCGAGCAACUGGAGUCAGCAGUCCUGCACCUCAUUCGCCAGCCGGAAAGCCGCAUAGACGCCGUUGAAAAAUCAUUACCUCGGAAACUGACCUCGGUAUUCAACUCCAAGCCUUCGACUCUUUCGGCCGUUCCCGAUUUGGCGGCAACCUUUGAGCAGUCGGCAAGUCUCACGCCCCAUGUCUCAGCCAUAAGCUUCGCCAAGUCUCUUCAACACGAUGCGGUAGAGACAAUCUCCUUCGGUGAGCUCAACUCUGUAUCCAACAGAAUUGCUCGUUUCCUUCGGGGGCAAGGCGCCAGGGAGGGGGAUAUCGUGGGUUUGAUCAUGGAGAAAUCUAUCAGCCUAUAUGCGGCGAUGCUCGGGAUUCUCAAGGCCGGCUGCGCAUACUUGCCUCUGCUACCUACCACGCCGGCCGAAAGAACCAAAGUCAUUCUGACGCAGGCUGGGGUCAAGCUAUGCGUGGCUGAUGUAGAAGUCUACACGAACCUGGAAGACGUCUCCAGUUGUAAGUUUGUAGACACCCGAUCGCUCGACAUGUCCGACCUCGCGGACGACGAUCUGCGUCUAACUGCAGAACCGUCUCGCCCGGCGUAUGUUAUCUAUACUUCCGGAACGACGGGUACACCAAAGGGCGUCGUCGUGACCCAGCAGAACAUCGUGAGCAACCUCGACGUCUUGUCCAGGAUAUACCCCCACCACGGCAACCGUUCUCGUUUUCUCCAGGCGUGUUCGCAAGCGUUUGACGUUUCUGUUUUCGAAAUUUUCUUUACUUGGAAGGUCGGCGCGUGUUUGUGCUCCGGCACCAAUGAUACCCUUUUCGAAGACCUGGAGCGCGCCAUCCGGUUCCUGGGGUGCACUCACCUCAGCAUGACGCCGACGGUGGCGUCCCUGGUCGAUCCUCGUAAUGUUCCCACUGUUGAAUUUCUCGUCACUGCAGGUGAGCCCAUGACCGCCGCAGUGGCUGAAAAAUGGACGGGCUGUUUGUUCCAAGGUAUGUUUCUGAUGCCACCGCAUGAAUUUAGUCAUCACCCUCUGACCGGCAAUGCAGGUUAUGGACCGGCCGAGACAACAAAUAUUUGCACCGUCAAGAAGAUGAGGCCUGGAGACUUCAUCGAUCAUCUCGGGUUCUCAUUCGAGAAUACCUCAACGUUCGUUCUCGGCUCUUCGACUACCGAGGUUGUUCCUAUCGGUUGCGUUGGCGAGCUCUGCUUUGGUGGCGACCAAGUGGCAGCAGGCUACCUGGGCAUGCCCGACGUCACCAACGCAAAGUUCCUCGACCACCCAGAGUUCGGCAGGAUAUAUCGCUCAGGCGACAUGGGCCGGAUGCUUCCCGAUGGCUCCCUCAUGGUGCUCGGUCGGAUGGACGACCAGCUGAAGCUGCGAGGACAGCGGAUCGACACCGGCGAGAUCGGCAGCAUUCUCACCACAUCAGGUCUGGCGACGUCGAGCGCGGUUGUUAUCGUUAGCCGCGCCAACUCGCCCGCUUCCCAACUGGCCGUCUUCUACGUUCCCGCCGGCUGCACAAAGGUCGACAGAUAUAAGACUCUGCCGGUGGACGACAAAGUAUCCGAAGCGAACGAUACCCUCUUUGGUCUCCUCCGGUCUCGCUUGCCUGUGUACAUGGUGCCUAGUUAUUUGGUCCCCAUCAGCUCUGUUCCACUUACUUCGAGCGGCAAAGUCGACAGAACCACGCUACAGUCAUCCUUUCGUGACUUUGACCGGGCUUACCUUGACCGGACUGCGGGCUCUUUGCAAAAAGACUCGGACUCGGACUCCUGGUCUGGCGACGAAAAGAGGAUCCGCGAAACCCUUUCUAAGGUUCUCAACGUUCCGGUGGAGGAUAUCAAUCGAUGGCAGCCAUUCGCUGCCGUCGGCUUAGAUUCCAUAUCCGCCAUCUCUGUGGCAAGAGAACUAAGGAGCGCCUUCAAGCACAGUUUACCUGUAUCAGCCAUCCUCCGGGCCGGAUGCGUUGCUCGUUUGGCCCAGGAAUUGCAGUCUGCGGCAUCUGAGGCUACCUCCAAUAACGUCAUCGACUCGGCAACUUUGUUCCCACAGAGCUUCGUCGACGAGGUCAAGACAAGCUUUGCAACGCAGGGAAAGACGGUCUCGGCGGUUCUCCCUUGCACGCCGCUCCAGGAGGCUAUGCUGUCCUCGACGACGAGCCCCUCCUACUCCAACCAGAUGAUCUUCAAGCUGCACGUUCCCGAAGCAGACAUGAAGGGGUACUGGCACCAUAUGCACCGCCGACAUGGUAUUCUCAGAACAUGCUUCAUCUCGACUCGAGACGCCAAACGUGCCGUCGUCCAGGUGGUCCUUGACGAUUGUCCGAUGCCAUGGAGCGUGGUGGAAGCAAGCAGUUUGCAUGAAGCAUCCGGACGGCACGCGCAAAGGGUUCCAAGGGCGUUGGACUCGAACAUUCCACCAGUUUCACUCGCAGUGCUCAAGACCGGAGAGGGCGUCUUCCUUUGCUUUGCCUGCCAUCAUGCCAUGUACGACGGCGUGGCGAUGGAGGCACUACUGGCCGAGGUCGAACAGCUCGCAACCGGGAAGAGCCUCGAUCCCCCAGUUGACUAUGUGCCGGUUCUUUUGGAAGUCAUUAACUCGCCUGACGGAGCAAGCGACUUUUGGAAGAACCAAUUCGACGACUUCAAGCCCGCGCAGCACAAACUCUCUAGCAAGCAUCCGGCAUCUUUUUACAAGGAGUCGACGCGGAUUGUGACCAAGCCACUCGAGGUCUCACUCACACAGCUUCAAAGUAUCUGCAAGACAGUGGGAGUCUCGACUCUUUCCUUCUUUCAGACGGCUUGGUCAGUCUUUUUGACUAUUGUGUAUGGCAAGGCAGACAUCUGCUUCGGCAACGUCAUGAGUGGCAGGGCCUUGUCGAUCGACGGCAUCGACCGAUUAGUUGCGCCCUGUUUCAAUACGUUGCCCGUCCGGACUGAGAUAUCCCCAUCAACACAAAUUCUGGCCUUGCUCAAGAAGUUCCACAAGCUCAACCCUAGGCUCUUGGAACAUCAGUUCACGCCCCUGCGUUCCGUCCAGAACCAAGUCUCCAAGAACGGCAAGCAACUCUUUGACUCCCUUCUUCUCCUGCAGCAGCCAAGGGCAGGACGUCUUCCCGCUGUUUGGGAGUUGGUUGAAGAUAAUGGAACGAUGGAUGUGCCUCUGGUCUGUGAACUGACUCCCGAUACUUCCAACGACUCAGUGAGAGUCACUCUUCACUCCAAUAGCCAAUCCCUGACAAAAGAUGCCGUUGCCGGAAUUCUAGAAGUAUUCCUCGACAUUGCCUCCCGCAUUGCAGCUUAUCCCGCAUCGAGUGUUCCAACCCGGCAGCAGUUGACAUCGGACACCAUACAAGUUUUGAACAAUCUGGUUGUCGAAACUGCUCUCGAUGAAGCCGAAGAGUCGAACGAGGAGACAUCAGCCGACAAGGAGGAAUGGAGCGAGGACGAGAGCCGGAUUCGUUCCGUUGUGGCCGAGCUCUCAAGGGUCCCUGUAUCCAAGAUCGGCAGAAACACGUCGAUUUUCCAGCUUGGUCUGGACAGCAUCAACGCGGUGCAACUCGCGGCCAUGAUGCGAGAGAACGGCCUAGAGUUGUCUGCCCUGAACGUUAUUGAGUUUCCGACUUGCGCCAAGAUGGCGACCUGCCUCGGAACCUCUCCAACACGGGCGGCGUCACGAUACGACUUGGCCAGGUUCAAGGAGGAUGUCAGGGGCUCUUCCUGGGGCGAGUUCGACAAAGUUUUGCCGUGCACGCCGUUGCAGUGCGCUAUGCUGGCCGACUUUGUCCAGUCCGAGGGCAAAGACUACCUAAACUAUAUGUCUUUUUCCCUCAACAAAGACGUUGCACUGGAUCAGGUCCGACGCGCAUGGGAAUCGCUACUCAAACAUCAUGAAAUUCUGAGGACCGGCUUUAUGCCCACACAGCAUAGAGAUGCUUCCUUCGCGAUGGUGCAGUACUCGCCUCACGAUUCGCAUCUACCGCUCGCAUCGCACAACAGUUCCGCAGAUCAAUUCAACGUCUCGAAAUGGAAACUGGACACUGCCCACAGGAUCCUGCGUUCUCUGGAUCAGCCGCCUUGGGCCCUGGCUCUUGACUGUGGGCCAUCUAUCACAAUGCACAUCAUCAUGCACCACGCUCUUUACGACGCGUACUCUCUGCAGUUGCUCCUGAGGGAUCUCUCUUCGAGUCUCUCGGGCAACGUCAUGUCGGAGCAUCCUCCGGUUGAGGCGGCAGUCUUGCCGAUUCUGCAAGCGUCUGUCAACCCCCAGCAGUCGCAAGACUUUUGGAAACAAAAGGCGGCGGAAGUCGUGGUCAAUCGCUUCCCGACCUUGACACCCCUGACUGAAGAGUCCCCCGAGCUGCUUGUAACUAGCAAGGCCUGCGGCACAACGUUGGCCGUCCUGUCAGAUAACGCGAAGAACAUUGGUGUUCCGAUCCAGGCUCUUCUGGAAGCAGCCUGGACACGAGUCCUCUCGGCUUAUCUGGGCGAAGAAGACGUCGUCUUUGGUGUCGUCCUCUCCGGUCGUAUGAGCGAGGACACCAAGGACGCUGUCUUCCCGUGCAUCAAUACGGUUCCUGUGAUUGCGCACAACAGAUCGUCAAACUCGGAACUGCUCCAGCAACUGCUCGGCUACAACAACCAGCUUCUCAAGCAUCAGAACGUUCCUCUAGCACAGGUCCAGCGGUGGCUGGGACACCCGAACACCAGAGUGUUCGAUACCUUAUUGGUGUACCAGCGAAUGCCGGAUGAUGCGACCACAAUCAACUUCCCAUGGCAGACUGUGAGCGAUGAGGGCAACUUGGACUAUCCGGUGUCUAUCGAGGUGGAGCCACUUUCCAGCGGAGAUAUCCAGUUGCGUCUCUCUUUCAGAACCGAUAUCUUGCCCGAGCCUCAAGCAGCGCACAUGUUGGACCAGUUCGACGCCGUGCUGCAACACCUCUCUCAGAAACCAAACGAAAGUGCAGAGGAUCUAUGGUCCAGUCAUCCAUCCAUCUUCUCCAUCAUGCCGCCCCUCGAGCCAACGAUCAUCUCCGAGGAGCAGUUCUUGCAUAACUUCGUCGAGACCAAAGCCCAGACUUCUCCCGACAGGCUCGCCUUGGAGUUCGUCACCGGGUUCAACGGCGAGACUCCAGUGUCGAGACGAUGGACAUUCCGUGAGCUCAAUGAGCGGGGAAACCAAGUUGCCAGCGUUCUGGCGCCUCAUGCCAAGGUCGGCCAGACUAUCGCCAUCCACUUCGACAAAUGCCCGGAGGCGUGCUUCUCGAUUCUCGGCAUCUUGAAAGCAGGAUGUGCCUUCUUGGCCCUCGACCCCUCCGCCCCAAAAGCGAGAAAGGAAUUCAUCCUCAAGGACUCGGGCGCGUUGGCGCUCAUGACCAACACUGAUGACAUCGACUUCGUCGUCGAACAGCCUCUCAUCCGUGUAGAUGACACACUGCUCGACGGCGCAUCUCGGGUGUUUAACUCCCCCGAGUCUCUGAGCAUACAGGACAACUCGUACUGCCUGUACACCUCCGGCACGACCGGAACACCAAAGGGAUGCGAGAUCACCCACGAGAACGCAGUGCAGGCCAUGAAGGCUUUCCAGAGGCUGUUUGCCGGCCACUGGGAUGAGACUUCACGAUGGAUGCAGUUCGCCUCGUUCCACUUCGACGUAUCUGUCCUCGAGCAGUACUGGAGCUGGUCGGUGGGAAUACCGCUGGUUGGCGCGCCCAGGGACCUUAUCCUCGACGACCUCGCCGGCACGAUUCGUCGACUCAACAUCACUCACCUGGAUCUUACGCCCAGCUUGGCGCGCCUCCUCGACCCGUCAGAGGUGCCGAGCCUCUCGCGGGGUGUCUUCAUCACCGGCGGCGAGGCGCUGAAGCAGGAGAUCCUAGACGUCUGGGGGCCGGUCGGCGUCAUCUACAACGCCUACGGCCCGACCGAGGCGACGAUCGGCGUGACCAUGUACCAGCGGGUGCCGCAGAACGGCCGCGCUUCCAACAUUGGCAGGCAGUUCGACAACGUGGGCUCCUUUGUCCUGCAACCAGGGACCGACAUUCCCGUGAUGAAGGGAGCCGUCGGCGAGCUCUGCGUGUCCGGGAAACUGGUUGGCAAGGGAUACCUCAACCGACCCGAGUUGACCCGCGAACGGUUCCCGCUUCUCGAGAGACUGGGCGAGCGUGUCUACCGCACCGGCGACCUUGUCAGGCUGCUGCACGACGGCUGCUUCGACUUCCUCGGCCGCGCCGACGACCAGGUCAAGCUGAGAGGCCAGCGUCUCGAGAUUGGAGAGAUCAACCACUCGAUCCGCACCCGGGUCCCCGAGAUCAGCGACGUCGCCACUCUGGUGACGAAGCACGGCAGCUUGGACAAGGACCUGCUGGUCACCUUUGUCAGCUGCAACUCGGCCGCCGCCGCCUCGAAAGACGAGUUGCGGGUUCUCGACGGAGAGAACACCGCAUCUCUUGUCCGGUCCGUCCAGAAGGCCUGCAGAGAAACGCUACCGGGAUACAUGGUGCCGUCGUACAUCUUCCAAGUUCCCCGGAUCCCCCUCUCUCCCAACAACAAGGCCGACAUCAAGCAGCUGAACCAGCUCUUCCGCACGCUCACGCCCGAGACGCUGGUCCAGCUAUCGCCGUCUUCGAGGCCCAGGUCCUCCGAACCCACCAGCGAGACUCACCAGCUGGUCCUGUCGACCAUGCACGAGUUCCUAGGCCAGGACACCGGCGUUUCCCUAUCGAGCAACAUCUUCGACCUCGGAGUAGACUCGAUUUCCUCACUGAGACUGUCAAGGCUAUUGAGAAAGAACGGGUUGAUGGGCGCGUCUCCCAAGGUCAUACUGAGGAACCCGGCUCUGGCAGACCUGGCCGAGGCACUGCAGCAGAGCAAAUCCUCCAAAGAGGGCAACGGGGUCCAGGAAGCACGCCAGCUCAUCCAGGCUUUCGGUCAUCGCUACCGAUCUCUUGCCGUACAGGAAGUCGGUGUUGCCAACGAUGGAGAUGUCGAGUACGUCGCUCCAUGCACUCCCCUCCAGGAGGGAAUGCUCUCUCGAUUCAUGUCGGAUCAAGACGAGGGCGCGUACUUCACCGCGUUCCGACUCAAACUCGCACCGGAGAUCUCCAUCGAGAAGCUCAAGGAUGCCUGCGAGAGGUUGGUUCAGUCGCACGCCAUUCUCCGCACCAGCUUCAUCCAGACACCGGCAGGCUUCGCUCAGGUUGCCAUUAGAACCACCGGGCUCUGCUGGAGAGACCUUCGCGGCCAGGACUCCGUCGAGGUUGAGCGCCAGCUUUCCAACGCGCUCCCCGAAUUGAUACACAAGAACAGCGCGAAUGUGUCUAACCCCCUGGAGUUGAUCGUUGCGCAGAUCGGCGACGAGACCGUCCUUGUCGUCCACAUCUUCCACGCCCUCUACGACGGCACGAGCUUCGAAGCCAUGCUCCGUUGGGUCUCUGCGGAAUACUUGCACAAGGAGCAUGAGACGGCGCCGGCAUUCCUUGAUACUCUCGCACACGGUCCCCUGGCCAACUACGACUCGAGCCGCCAGUUCUGGGUCGAGCACCUGAGAGACUGUUCGUUUGACAUCCUCCCCAGGCUCCUUGCCGGUGAUGCCACGGCCGUCAUCGCCAAGACAAAGACGUAUUCGGCACGGAACCUCGAGACCCUGCGACGAUCCCUCAACGUCACCCUCCAGUCCGUGGUCCUCGCGCUCUGGACCUCGGUCUUCAAGAAGCACUUCCCCGUUGACGCUGCCACCGGAGUCAUCGUGUCUGGCCGGUCGAUCGACAUGGACCAGGUCGAGAACACCAUCGGACCCCUGUUCAACACGCUGCUCUUCUACGCCGGCAUCAAGGAGGGGGAUACUUGGCUGUCCCUGAUUCAGAAGUGUCACGAGUUCAACACCGCCGUCCUGCAGUUCCAACAUGUGCCGCUGCGCAAUAUCCAGAAGUGGUGCACGAAAUCCAGAGGCCGCCCCAUCUUUGAGAAUCUCUUCGUCUUCCAGAUCGAGUCUCCUAGCCCGGCCGAGCCAGCGGGGAUGUGGUCCAUCAUGGAUGACUACAGCGUAUCCGAUUACCCCUUGGCUUUCGAAGCAUCGGCUACCCCUGACGGCCAACUCCGCGUGCAGAUCGUCGCGCACAGGGACCUGGCCGACGAAGCCACGCUGGGCUCUUUGUUCGAGGAGAUUGACGAGGCCAUGGUCGAUGUCACGUCCAGCGGCAGCACGCAUUCACUGCCCGUGACCGAAAACCCUUCUCGGGAAGCCUCGACGGCGGCGUCGCCCCGGACACCCCUCACCUCACGGCCUGAGUCUGUUGACGGGGACGUGAUAUUGAAAGGGGACCAUCAUCUCGACUUGGGCGCUUCUGAUUUCGACUGGACGCCAACGGCUCUGGCCAUAAGAAAGGAGAUUGCGGCCUUGUCCGGCGCCUCCGAGGAGAGCAUCACCGAGGGCAUGGCACUUCUCGAGCUGGGCCUCGACAGUAUCGACCUCGUCAAGCUGUCUGCGCGGCUCAAGCACGGCGGCUACGAGCUUACCUUGUCGCAGCUCAUGCGGUCGCAAACCAUUGCCGCCAUGUCCGGGAUCCUCAACAGCAGGAAGCCGUCGGUAACAGACGUGGAUCAACAGUCCGGCUUCGAGGAGCUCACGUCACGAAUGCGCAAAGCCGUCGAAGCCACCGGCUUUGAUCUCCAAGACGCGGAUGCCGUCCUGCCGCCGACACCUCUCCAAGAGUCCAUGAUAGCCGACAUGCUGCAGUCUGACUUUGACCAGUACUUUAACCACGACAUUUUGGAGCUCGCCGACGGCCUGGAUAUCGACAAGUUCGAAGAGGCUUGGCAGCAAGUGGUUCAGCGCUCGCCCAUCUUGCGGACAGUCUUUGUCCAGAUUGAGGAUCCGAAGCUGGAACAGACCUUUUCCCAAGUCAUCCUAAGAGGCAACCCACUCGAAAUAUCCAGGCGACAAGCAAAUGACCUGGCCCAGGUACAAAGCAUCAUCGACACGCAUAAGGCCAAGGCCAGAGGUGCCAACGGGAGUGCCCGUCUGCUCCAGCUCUCGAUUGUCUCGGUCAACGCCAAGCCACUCCUCGUGUUGUCCAUCUCCCAUGCUCUCUACGACGGUUGGUCUCUGGCUCUGUUGCACCAGGACGUUGCUGCCGCAUACCGAGGCCAACUCGCCCAACGGCCUCCCAUCGAACCAUUCCUGAGGGGCCUCGUCAAGACGCCAACCGACCAGUCAAGGAAGUUCUGGUCCCAGUACCUCGCCAACACCCAGCCGUCCCUCCUUCCCAAGAGGCUAUCCUCCAGCCAACCAUCAAGAGACGCAACUCACAGAACGGAGGCGGUCUCGAGCGUCAGUCGAGACCAGGUAACGGCGUUCUGCAAACGCCACGCCGUCAGCCUCCAGGUCCUGGGACAGGCCUGCUGGGCCUCGACGCUAGCGACUCACCUGCGGACCCUCGAGGUCAGCUUCGGCGUCGUCCUCGCAGGCCGUGACUCUGAACAGUCCCAGUCCCUGAUUUUUCCGACCAUGAACACCGUGGCGGUGCGGUGCUUCCUCCACGGUUCCACGACGGGGUUCCUGCGCUACCUGCAAGAGACCAUGGGAGACAUCACCGAGUUUCAGAACUUCCCCCUGCGAAAAGCGCAGAGCGUCUCGGGAGCGGGCGGCCGUCUGUUCAACACGUUAUUCAUACUCCAGAAGAACCCCGAAUCCGAGCAACAGUCCGAGGAUUCCAUCAUGAAGUCUGUCCAGGGCUCCUCGGCGACCGAGUUUGCGGUGUGCGCCGAGUUGGAGGUCGCUUCUGAGAGCAUCGUUUGGCGUAUCGCGGGCCAAGACGCUUUCGUGUCCGAGAAGACGACGCACCAGCUGCUCCAUCAGCUCGACAGGGCGCUGCGGUACAUCUUGGAGACGCCGGACGACAACCUGCUUCAGUUCGAGGGCGACGAGGUCUCCAUUUGCCAGCUCCCGCCGUUCCAGACCAGGAAGACGACGCUCUCGCCUUCCAAAUCCGACAUAACAGCGUCAAAGUCGGAGACGGAAGACAUGGAAUGGACGAAGACCGAGGGCAUCAUACGAGGUGUGCUCUCUCAAGCAGCAAAUGUCGAGGUUGAGUCCAUCAGCAAGAGCCACACCUUGUACAACUUGGGUCUGGACUCCAUCAGCGCCAUCAAAGUGUCUGCGCUCCUCCGAAAAGAAGGUCUCAAUCUCGGGGUUCGCGCACUUCUGACAUCGGCCUCCCUCAAAGAGAUGGCUCGACAGGCCCAGGUCAGCGCGAGCAACAACCGGGAUACGCUCAAGUCCCCCUGGACAACAAACUCCACCUACCGGCCCCCCGAUUCAAUUAACAUCAACGCACUCCUGACCAAUGCCGGUCUCGCCGAGUCACAGGUGGACGAGGUUCUGCCCCCGCUGCCGAUGCAGGUAUACAUGAUGUCGGCAUGGCAAAAUACCCAAGGGCGCGUCUUCUACCCGGACUUCCUCUACCGGCUCCACGUGCCCGUCAGCAAGAGUCAGCUCGAGGUCGCAUGGGCCGCUCUAGUUGAUGCAGAACCGAUCUUGAGGACCUGUCUCGUCGCCACCGGGGAGAAGUCAAUCCCGUUCGUGCAAGUCGUGGUCCGGCCUGGUGCCGAGGGACAACAUCGGCGCAUCUCGUUCGACGGAGACGCGAAUCUGGCAGAGGACGAAAAAUGCUGGCCGCAGGCUCGACUACAUGCCAGACCGGAAGGCGACAAGACUUGGCUACUCCGGCUGAGCAUCCAUCACUCGCUCUACGACGGCUUCAGUCUCCCCAGUCUCCUGGGGAAGCUGCUUUCCAUAACCGAGGCGCAGUCUUCCCCGGCGCAGCUCAAGAUGGAGGCGUGGAAGUCUUUCCUCUUCUCGCUUCAAGACGACGAUACCAAGGGGCGCAACAGAGCGUUCUGGACCAAGUACUUGACAGGCGCCCGGCCAGGUCCGAUGGAAAUUCUCGCAGACGGAAUCGGUCAAGCGGAUCGAGUGUCGUUCCUCAAACGCUCCGCCGUCCAGGAAGUCCGCCGUCUACAGGCGAGCUGCUCUCAGGCCGGCGUCGGCCUCCCCGCGCUCUUCUUCGCGGCGACGGCCAAGACGCUCCAGAAGCUCCCGAGCGGAUUAUCCGGAUCAGCAGAACCAAAGGACGUGGUGUUCGGUAUUUAUUACGCCAACAGAUCACUCGCGGAGGACUUGGAGGACACAUACCCGACGCUCAACCUGGUGCCGCUGAGGGUUUCGCUCGGCCCCGACGCCGACCUGUUGCAAGUCGCUAGGAGCGUGCAGGAGGAUUUGCACCUCAUUGCCUCGCACUCGACCGUCGGGCUCUGGGAGGUCCGGGACUGGACCGGCGUCGAGAUCGACUGCUUCGUCAACUUCCUCCACCUCGGCGACGAGAGCACCGGGACGCUGAAGCGGGGACAUGCAAAGCUCGAGCCCGUCUCCGAUGUAAACGAGUUCGAGAGCCCCGUACUGAGCCCUGACAACGGCGGUGAUACAAACAAGUUCUCAGCACGCUGGCUGAAGGACAACGCGGUCCUUGAUGCAUUCCCGGAUGCUUUGGAUAUCGAAGCCUCGAUAAAUGCGGGCAGUAUGGAUAUUGGCGUCUUCGGGGCCUCCACAAAGGUCUCCGAGACGACUGCCGAAGAGCUGGUUGGGCUUCUCAGCAGUUUCUUGAAGGAGCUGUAG